AUGGCUGGUGGGGCCAAGAAGCCAGUCAACAUCUUUCGCCUGAAAGACCUCGGCGAGCCAAAGCAGGUCUUCAAUUGGCGACUAUGGUUUGCAGUCAUUUCCUUUGGACUGAUGGGUGCAGCCCGGGGUGUCGACGAGGGUCUCAUCUCCGGCGCAUUCAACUCCAAGGAUUUCCAAAAGUACAUCAACUACGACUCCUACAGCGAGGUCGAGCAGACCAACAUCAAGGGUAAUGUCACUGCCAUGGUCCAAAUUGGAUCCGUUGGAGGUGCCCUCUUUGCAUUCCUGGUCUGCGACCGCAUUGGUCGUCUAUGGGCAACUCGCCAACUCUGUGUGCUAUGGAUUAUUGGUAUUGCCAUCUUCAUGGGUAACGGAGGCAGUCUGGGAGCCGUGUAUGCCGGUCGCUUCAUUGCAGGCCUUGGUGUUGGUCAGACUGUCGUCGUGGCACCUGUGUACCUUGCUGAAAUCGCCCCUGCUUCCAUUCGUGGUCUUUGCACUUGUGUCUUCACUGGCUUUGUCUAUCUUGGUAUCGUCCUCGCAUACUUCGCCAACUAUGGUUGCGAGCUCAACCUGGGUGAUGCCACUCACAACCGAUGGCUCGUCCCUACUAGUCUCCACAUCAUCUUCGCAGGCUUGAUCUUCAUCCUAUCCUUCCUCCAACAUGAAUCCCCUCGUUAUCUGGUCAAACGUGGCCACCUCGACAAGGCUAUCUCGAACCUCUCCAAGAUCCGCGGUCUCCCUGCCGAUGACGAGUAUGUCUCGCGGGAGAUCAGCACAAUCCAAACCACACAUGAAGCCGAGAUGGAAGCCACGCUGGGAUCUGGCCCCAUCGGUGUGCUCAAGGAGACCUUCAUGGUCCCCUCCAACCUUUACCGAGUCUACCUCACCUUCAUGGCCCAGCUGCUCUCCCAAUGGUCCGGUGCGGGCAGUAUCACCGUCUACGCACCGGAUCUCUUCAAGCUGCUUGGUGUCACCGGAAAGAAUGAGAGCCUGCUCGUCACCGCCGUGUUCGGAAUCAUCAAGUUGGUCGCCGCGAUUCUCUGCGCCUUGUUCUUGGUCGAUGUCAUCGGACGCAAGCGUGCCCUCUUGCUCGGUAUCACUCUUCAGGGCAUUGCCAUGGUUUACAUCGCCGGUUUCCUGACCGCGGUUCCCGACAUGGGAGUCGUCGAUGAUUUCGUGCUUCCAGCGAGCAAGAAGGGCGCCAGUGAAGGUGCAAUCGCCAUGAUCUACGUCUCCGGAUUCGGAUGGGCUCUGGGCUGGAACUCCAUGCAGUACCUCUUGACUGCCGAGCUCUUCCCUCUCCGCAUUCGUGCCCUCUGCACCUCCAUGGCCAUGACCCUUCACUUUGCCAACCAAUAUGGCAAUGCGCGCGCCGUGCCCAACAUGCUGCUCCCCACGGCUAAGGGUGGCAUCGACCCCAAGGGUACUUUCUGGUGCUUUGCUGCCAUCACCGUUCUCGGUGGUAUCUGGGUGUGGUUCAGUAUUCCUGAGACGGCUGGCCGCUCAUUGGAGAGCAUGGACCGCCUCUUCGCUCUCCCGUGGUACAAGAUUGGUCGCUACGGUAACAAGGAUGCCGAUGCGCGGGACCAGUUCGUGGAUGAGAAGAUGGAAAUGGCUGUGCAGACUCAUGGCACUGCCGAGCAUGUCGAGACCCGGGAUCGGGAUCCUUCUGCUCGAGUUUGA